AUGAACGGGCUUGGAACACAGCGGACCUUGCGCCGAGCUCCGAUCGAGCCACAACAAUACGCGCUUCUUCUCAUUCAUACAACUCUCGCAUCGGCAGUGCCGUCGGAAGGAUCUUCUCCCAGCAUACGAUCAGCUUGGAGUUGCAACAACUCUCUGGCGCAGCACCAAGAUACGCGUGCAAGCGGCGAACUAUACGGCCUUUUCCUCCUGGCCAGCCAUCUCUGCUUGUUGAGUGUGGCAGUAGAGCAGAGCCGCAGUCUCACGAAUCUACAUCUUUUCUUUACUUAUUGCUCUCAUCGGCAAGCUCACUUGCGGUUACCCUGGCCAUGA